AUGCCCAGCCUCUGGCUGUCACGCGGAGCCUCCAGCCUGUCCUCCACCUCCACCUCCCCACGGCUUUCCCUGCGUCAGAUUCAAUCAAAGUUCAGGAGCGAGCCGGCUCCUGCGCCUUCCCCGGCGCUGGCGUGCGCCGUUGCCAUCAUCCGUCCGCGUUUCAGCGGACGUCGUGCCAGCGCAGCAAGUGUGAAGGAUCGGUGGUCAUCUGAACACUUCUAUUGCGCCAACUCGAGAACAACAACACCCGAGCGUGUCUUGUCACCAGCUUCUAUUCCCACUCGCAUGCGCCACAGCAGCGAGCAUAUCGCUUGCAGCGUGCUGCUGAGCCUCACAGUAAAAUUAGUCCACCCAGAUCGCCGUGCAUGCCUUGAGUUCCCGAGCCACUGCGCCGGGAACAAAAAGGCACGUCGAUUUAGCCUGAUCCCCCGCCCACCUGGAACGCUCGACGCCGCGUCUCCUUCCAGACUCUCUUGCAGGCGGAUGAAUGCAGAUUCCACCAAGCAAACGAAGCACCCUCUGUUUGCAUCCGCAGAACAAGCAUCCUCGCCAUCUCUGUCGCAGCCUGCAUAUCCGCGAUACGAUUUGGAAGGAUUGCGAUUCCCCUAUCGUCCCCCAUGUGUCCGCCUCCAGAUCUGGUAUCUGGACCGGUCGUCGGGUGUUGGUUCAUCAAUCUAUCACGACGUUCCCCCCACGCUCUGCCGUCAUGGGUGUGUUGGUGAUGGUGUUGCUUCUUCCUCCGUGGACAUCCCUUGUCCUUUCUCCAUCAGCACUUUGAUGAACAACAACGUGGCCACGACGUUCGCCUCGGUAGGAUCGUAUCAUUCCCAUCCAUCCACUUAG